UUGGCAGAAGAAAUUCUCGAGCUUCGAACAAAUACCGAAGCCAAACUGCAAUUUGAAAUCAAAAAAAAUUUGACAUCUUUUUGGAUGUCAAAAGCUGCAAAAGCUUUUGCAAUUGCGCAUGAAGAAGCAACUAAUAAAUUGCUUCCGUUUGGCACAACAUAUCUGUGCGAACAAGGGUUUUCGAGUCUAAUGAAUAUAAAAACCAAGAACAGAAAUCGCUUAGACGCCGAAGACUGCAUCAUAAUAGCUUUAACAUCCAUAACUCCUAAUUUUGAUGAAAUUGUAUCCAAUAUGAAGCAACACCAUUUUUCAAAAACAUAAUUUAAUUUA